AGCCACGUAAUUCCCAAUUGAUCCCUAUGGAUAACGGUACCGAGGUGACUGAGUUCAUUCUCAUGGGGUUAACUGAUGCCCCAGAACUGCAGAUCCCACUCUUUAUAAUCUUCUCUCUCAUCUACCUCAUCACUCUGGUUGGGAACCUGGGGAUGAUUGAGUUGAUCCUGUUGGACUCUCGUCUCCACACUCCCAUGUACUUUUUCCUUAGUAACCUGUCUCUGGUGGAUUUUGGUUAUUCCUCAGCUGUCACUCCAAAGGUGAUGGCAGGAUUCCUCACAGGAGACAAAAUCAUCUCCUAUAAUGCUUGUCUCACCCAGUUCUUCUUCUUUGCAGCUUUUAUCACUGUAGAAAACUUCCUCUUGGCCUCAAUGGCUUAUGACCGUUAUGCAGCAGUGUGUAAACCCCUGCAUUACACCACCACCAUGACGACAAGUGUGUGUGCUUGUCUGGCUAUAGGCUCCUACCUGUGUGGUUUUCUGAAUGCCUCCAUCCACACUGGGAACAUUUUUAGGCUCUCCUUCUGUAGGUCCAAUGUGGUUGAUCACUUUUUCUGUGAUGCUCCUCCUCUCCUGACUCUCUCAUGCUCAGACAACUACAUCGGUGAGAUGGUUAUUUUCUUUGUGGUGGGUCUCAAUGCCCUCUUUUCUAUCCUGGUCAUCUUGAUAUCCUACCUGUUUAUAUUUAAUACCAUCCUGAGGAUUCGGUCAUCUGAAGGAAGCCAGAAGGCCUUUUCCACCUGUGCUUCCCACCUCACUGCCGUCUCCAUCUUCUAUGGGACAGUAAUCUUCAUGUACUUACAGCCCAGCUCCAGUCAUUCCAUGGACACAGACAAAAUGGCGUCUGUGUUCUAUACUAUGGUCAUCCCCAUGCUGAAUCCUCUGGUUUACAGCCUGAGGAACAAAGAGGUCAAGAGUGCCUUUAAAAAGGCUAUGGGGAGGGCAAAAUCUUCUAUAGGAUUCAUAUUUUAAUUACAUUUAUUCUAC